CAGUUUGAGACUUUCUGAUUCGUACCCCACCAAAGCAAAGGUUCACAAGCGAAUUUUAGCCCACAUCCACUACAAUUACGCCCACAACUUUUCUCUUGUCGCAACUUUCAUCUUUUUCCCCAACUCCAACCCUUUCGACAACCGUGCUGAUUAUAUUCGCCCAUCAGCCAAUUCAAUCAAGAUGGCGUUCACAAAGUCAGUCAAGAGUAGUGCCUACUACAGCCGCUUCCAGACCAAGUACAGGCGCCGUCGUGAGGGAAAGACCGACUACUAUGCCCGUAAGCGCCUGAUCACCCAGGCCAAGAACAAGUACAACGCCCCCAAGUACCGCCUGGUUGUCCGCUUCACCAACCGCGACAUCAUCACUCAGAUCGUCACCUCUGAAAUCUCCGGUGACAAGGUCUUCGCCGCUGCCUACUCCCACGAACUCAAGGCCUACGGCAUCGAGCACGGUCUUACCAACUGGGCUGCCUCCUACGCCACUGGCCUGCUCCUUGCUCGCCGUGUCCUCAAGAAGCUCGGCCUCGACGAGACCUUCUCUGGUGUUGAGGAGCCGGAUGGAGAGUACACCCUGACCGAGGCCGCCGAGCACGAUGGUGAAGAGCGCCGACCCUUCAAGGCCUUCCUUGAUGUUGGUCUUGCCCGAACCUCCACUGGUGCCCGUAUCUUCGGUGUCAUGAAGGGUGCUUCCGACGGUGGUAUCCUAGUCCCCCACUCCGAGAACCGAUUCCCCGGUUUCGAUAUGGAGUCCAAGGAGCUUGACGCCGAGACCCUGAAGAAGUACAUCUACGGUGGUCACGUUGCCGAGUACAUGGAGACCCUAGCCGAUGACGACGAGGAACGAUACAAGAGCCAGUUCCAGAAGUACCUCGACGACGACAUUGAGGCUGACGGUCUUGAGGAACUAUACACCGAGGCCCACUCCGCUAUCCGAGAGGACCCCUUCAAGAAGGCUGAGAGCGAUGCCCCCAAGAAGAGCAAGGAUGAGUGGAAGGCAGAGUCCAAGAAGUUCAGGACUCCCAAGUCCACCAAGGAGGAGAAGCGCGAGAGGGUCAAGGCUAGAAUUGCCCAGCUCCGCGAGGAAUAAGCGGCUGGGUUCUGGGAAAGGAUAAAAAUGUCACUCCGUAUUUACGGUUGUCUUCAGGCAUCGGAGUUCAUAGGGAUGGCUUAUUGACGGGUUACUAAACGAAUUAAUGAAGUUUAUCGACCGUCA